AUAUAGCUGUAGGCAAAAGAUUAACAGCUGGUAGAGGAUGCAUUCGUGAAGAACAGAGAGACAUGCCCAGAGAGUAGAAACCUAAAAAAAAAAUUAAGUUUCAUUUCUUUCUCUCUCUCUCUCUCUCUCUCUCUCUGUGAAGUAUCAGUAUCAGAGUUUGCAGGCAUUGAAGGAGAGGGAAGAAGCAGUUCACUCUGGGUAAAUUGCUUCAGGACUGAGUUUGCUGCGCUUCACUGAGUGAGAUCUGAAAUGGGUUUCACUUCAAUUUUCCGAUCAUUGAGCUAGUGGGUCUGCUUCUCGCCUUCUCUAACAAAGAUUUUAUUGCAAGUUUUGAUUAAAUUACUGACAGUACAGCUCUCCCCCAUUGCCUUCCUGGCUGCGUAAUUCAGAAGCAACGCCCGCAUUCAUAUCGACCCAGAGCGGGAGCAAGCUUAAAGAAGCAUUCGUGUUCUUUUCGCAAAGCAUCCCCUUUAAAUCCGAGCCCCAUUUACCGAGCUUCUCCAACACUGUGUUUUCCAUUUCUGUCUGUUUCUCAAUACUCUGUUUCCGACAUCAAUCGAAAUGGACCAGAUUUCGUCGACGACAGUUAUUCCGGAAGCGUAUCAGGGCGCCCGCGACGACAUUAGCGGCCAAAUUGGAUUGAUUUGGCAGCAGACGAAGGCGCCGCUGAUCGUGCCGCUGCUGAAAUUGUUGGUGAUAGUGUGUUUGGGAAUGUCGGUGAUGCUGUUCGCGGAAAGAGUGUACAUGGGCAUAGUCAUAGUGCUGGUGAAAUUGUUGGGGAAGAAGCCGGAGAAGAAGUACAGGUGGGAGCCCAUGAGGGACGACGUGGAGCUGGGAAAUUCUGCUUAUCCUAUGGUUCUGGUGCAAAUUCCAAUGUACAAUGAAAAAGAGGUUUAUCAGCUGUCCAUUGGAGCUGCAUGUGGCCUUUCAUGGCCGUCCGAUCGAAUCAUAAUCCAAGUGCUGGACGAUUCAACUGAUCCUACCAUCAAGGACAUGGUGGAGGUGGAGUGCCAGAGAUGGGUAAGCAAAGGCAUCAACAUCAAGUACGAGAUCAGGGACAACAGAAAUGGGUACAAAGCAGGGGCUCUGAAAGAAGGAAUGAAGCACAGCUACGUUAAACAGUGCGACUAUGUGGCGAUCUUCGACGCUGAUUUUCAACCAGAGCCAGACUUCCUCUGGCGCACCAUCCCUUUCCUUGUGCACAAUCCUCAGAUUGCCCUUGUCCAGGCUCGCUGGAAAUUUGUUAACGCUGAUGAGUGCUUAAUGACAAGAAUGCAAGAGAUGUCGUUGGAUUACCAUUUCGCUGUGGAGCAAGAAGUGGGAUCCUCAACCUAUGCAUUCUUUGGUUUCAAUGGGACGGCUGGUGUUUGGAGAAUUUCAGCCAUCAACGAAGCUGGUGGGUGGAAGGAUCGAACGACGGUGGAGGAUAUGGAUCUGGCUGUCCGAGCUAGUCUUAAAGGCUGGAAAUUUGUAUAUGUCGGUGAUCUUAAGGUGAAAAAUGAGUUGCCAAGUACUUUCAAGGCAUACCGUUAUCAGCAACAUCGAUGGUCCUGCGGCCCAGCUAAUCUCUUCAGGAAAAUGGCCAUGGAGACAGUAAGAAACAAGAAAGUCUCUCUGUGGAAGAAGAUUUAUGUGGUCUACAGUUUCUUCUUCGUUCGGAAAAUUGUUGCCCAUAUUGUCACAUUUAUCUUCUAUUGUGUCGUCUUACCAGCAACGGUUUUGGUUCCAGAAGUUGAAGUUCCUAAGUGGGGAGCUGUUUAUAUUCCUUCUACCAUUACUCUUCUAAAUGCUGUAGGAACACCCAGAUCACUGCACCUAUUAGUAUUCUGGAUUCUGUUUGAGAAUGUAAUGUCUCUACACCGGACCAAAGCAACAUUCAUAGGUCUGCUGGAAGCAGGGAGAGUUAAUGAAUGGGUUGUCACUGAGAAAUUGGGAGAUGCCCUCAAGGCUAAAUUUGGCUCCAAAGCUCCCCGGAAACCCCGUAUGAGGUUCGGAGAAAGAAUCCAUAUAUUAGAGCUUGGUGUUGGGGCUUACCUCUUCUUCUGCGGGUGCUACGACGUGGCCUUCGGGAAGAACCACUACUUCAUAUACCUCUUUCUCCAAUCUAUUGCCUUCUUCGUCGCUGCGUUUGGCUACGUUGGCACCUUUGUCCCAAGCUCGUAGCAGGCUCGCGGGGGUGACCGUCUUCAGAAUUCGUCGCUUCACGUAUUUGUAUCUCUUCACGUCUCCAACCAAAAAAAAAAAAAAAAAAGUAUGCAUAUGGUUCUUUGAUUUUGAAGCAUUGAUUUUGUUUUUUACAGCUCUAGAUUGCUUAAAGAAAGGCAGGGGGUUAUUCUUUUAUGGGCCGGGGGUGCAUAAAUAAUAAAAACAUGGUAUAAGUUAUUGUAUUGAAGAAAGGGAAGAAAGAAAAUUACGGAAACAUUAUGUUUUAACUUUGGAAUUGCUUUGUCCAAUGAAGGAAGCAACAAGCUAGUGAAUGUUUGAGAGCGAAGGUAAAAUGAUGAAGGCUUUUU